UAAAGGAAAUGGAAGAAAUAGAAUUUGACAGUAAUACCAAUCACUGCUUUAAACUAGCUGUUUAUGCCCUUGACAUGUUCAUGUCAGUUUAUUUCUUGGUUGGCUGAGGUUUGUAUGUUUUUUGUUACAGAAUCUAGUUUAUUGCUUUAAGUUUUGAAUUGUUACUUGUAGCUGGUUUGACUGGAGUUAAUGCAUGAUCAAUACACCAUAUGCUAUUAAACAGUUAAGUAAACAAUAACUGGCUGCCUUUAAGUUGCGCUUUACUAAAAAGUUUUUUUUUGUGUGUGUGUGUUUUGUUUUGUUUUUAUAAAAGCUUUGUACUCUCAUACGUGUACACUACCUUGGAUUUAUCAUGCUCAUGGAGAACAGUGUGAUAAGAACUGUUGUCCCAGGUGCAAUUUUUCUCUUCUGAAUCAUUUUCCAUGAUCUUAUUGGUUGUUCCGUAGUUAUCGGUGUGAAAUCAAUCACUUAAAAACAUGAAUGCUAUUCUUGAACUGUGCAGGAGUUUCCUCUCUAAAGUUUUGUGGAUGUGAGUUCUCCUCUUCUCCACUGCAAUGAAGAAUAUUGUGUUUGCUUUGCUGGUUGUGGCUGUGGCUUGCAGCGCAGAUGAUAAAAUCAUUGGAGGUUAUGAAUGUUCGCCAAACUCCCAGCCCUGGCAAAUCUACCUUACUUACGAUGAUGGGCAACGCUGGUGUGGAGCAUCUUUGAUUAAUGAAAGAUGGGUUGUUUCUGCUGCUCACUGCUACGUUUCAGCUUCUCGUCUUACUGUCCACCUGGGAGAGCAUAAUGUGUACAUUGAAGAAGGCACAGAGCAGCGGAUCGGGGCAGAGAAAGUGAUUCCUCACCCGAAAUAUAACGAUUAUACUUAUGACAAUGAUUUCAUGCUGAUCAAGCUGAAAGAGCCUGCCGUCUUCAACCAGUACGUGCAGCCAAUCUCUCUAGCAACCAGCUGCUCUUUUGCUGGGGAGCAGUGCUUGGUUUCUGGAUGGGGCAAUCAGAUUACCACUGGAGUUGACUAUGCUGACAAGCUGCAGUGUUUGGAUUUGCCUGUGCUGUCAAGGUCACAGUGUGAGAGUGCGUAUGGAUGGCAAAUCACUAAUAACAUGUUCUGUGCUGGAUUCAUGGAGGGAGGCCAAGACUCAUGUCAGGGUGAUUCUGGCGGUCCUGUGGUGUGUAAUGGUGAACUGCGAGGAGUUGUUUCUUGGGGCUAUGGCUGUGCUCAACAAGGCUAUCCUGGGGUUUAUGCUGAGGUGUGCGCUACACUGACUGGGUCCAGUCCACCAUAGCUAACAAUUAACUAUUUGUUCAGCCAAUUUGGACCUUUAUCUGUA